AUGUUGGCGCUGCCAUGCAUCGUCACGACUUGCAGUUCUCAGGCGGAACAACUCCUGCCGUACUAUCGUACGUCGUACCCCAACAAGGGUAUAUCCUUCCUCUGGGACCUGAUGUGGUUCUAUCUUUUCGGGUGUUCCACUGCGCUCGAUACGCUGGGCAGCCAAGCGUACGUUCCGAUAAUCGGGUUUGAUCGGCGUCACCAUCGAAUCCUUUUCGAUGUCAGCUGGCGCAUCUUACAUGCUCCUUUCGAAGCAUGUCAGCCCCGCCCUGAUGGGGGCGGUCUUGGGAGCGGUGGCAGCGGCGGCGAUGGAACAAUGAACAAAACAGCGCCGGGCCAUGUAUCCUCAAGACGGUCAAGGGUGGUCGCAGCCAUACUGCUGGACGGCCAUAAUCUAGAGUUUUACCGUUGGCCAGCUGGCGAUGUGAACGAGCUCUUGGAGCGAGUCCACAAGACCAUCAACAUGGUGGCAGAGGGCUGGAGCCAUGCAUGA